AUUGCCAUUCGUCGUUCUCGCACGUUUCUAUUACUAUCUCACUAUUUCACCUCCGCUCGCCAUUACCAUCCUUAGCAGGAGUAUGCGCUGUUGACUCUGACGGCUUCUUCGCAGGACCUGAAUAAUGUCACCCGGCCCACUGUUGCUCUCCUUUUGCUUCGCCUGAGAUUCGUCAUGGAUAGGCUGCGUGGGCGGAGCCAAACGCAGUCUCAGACCGCUCUCGUUUCGGCUUAGGACACUGCCGCGCAAAAAACUCGUCAGCUCGUGUUCCCACCACACAUCUCUGGUCUUGGAUGCAAACGUAUACUCCAGCGUGGCUAUGUUGUGCGUCCGGGGGAUGGACCCUCACUCGACACGUACGAAUGGUGUGCGGUCUCCGCCAUUCUUGAAUACAAUAGUUCGUCUUCGUCCAGAUCCGUUGUUUGAUGAUGCCGUUCUGGUUUCACUGCUAGCUUUCGUUCUUCUUUCGUUCUCAGUCGACCACUUGAUACCGUCGUUUGACCUGGCUCGAUUCUGUGCUUGAAGGCCAUCCUCUACUGGUCUUCUGAACUUACAUCACAAUCCAUCGCUUGCAGGCGUCGAUCUUCAAGAUUAAUUCGCUGUCUCGCCUUUUUAUUCGACAUUUUGCUCAGUGACAUUUCUAAGGGCUUUUCCACUCUUGGCCAUUGGCGUUCAUCGGACUUCCAGUCGAUUGCCAAAUCCGUACAUUAAACUUCGGCCCACCAAGGACUUCUGGUAAAAGGACGCAAUGAAUUCCUUACUGGCAUCGACGGCGCUAUUUUUCUCUCUCUUCGGCAGCACAGCGUUUGCUCGACCCCAGACCACGUCUACUUCAACAGCUUGCAAUAAUUCACCCUCACUUUGCAGUCGUUCGUACGCCAACGUGACAUAUCUCGGCGCACACGACAGUGCCUUUAUUUCGAACUCAAGCAACGGCUAUGACAUCUCGGGAAAUCAGUAUUUCAACACAACCACACAGCUCAAUGCCGGAGUGCGGCUGCUUCAGUCGCAGAUUCAGUCGGCCGGUUCAUCCAACUCGUCGAGCGACCUGCAUCUAUGCCACACGUCAUGCAGUUUGCUAGACGCCGGCACUGUCGAGAGUUGGUUGACUGAAGUCAAGACCUGGAUGGACUCAAACCCCAACGAGGUUGUCACUAUGCUGCUCGUCAAUGGCGCCAAUGCGGAUGCUACAACCUUGGGCGAGAUCUUCACCAACUCCGGCAUCACCAAAUACGCAUACACCCCAACCUCGUCGACCCCGUCCUCGUGGCCCACACUCCAGGAGAUGAUCAGUGCAGACACCCGCCUUGUCAUCUUCAUCGCUUCCCUGAGCUCAAACACGGGGGCCGAGUUCCUGCUGAAUGAGUUCGACUACGUGUGGGAGAACAACUACGAUGUAACUGACGCCUCGAACUUCACUUGCACACCUGCGCGCCCAUCUGCGGUGGCGGGCUCGCUUUCCACGGCCAAGUCUUCCGGACGAAUGUUCCUGAUGAACCACUUCCUCGACCAGAAUGAACUCAUUGCGCAGGUCCCGGACGUAGCUGCUGCAAACACGACCAACAGCCCUGACACCAGUAUUGUGGGCUCUCUGGGCUACUCUGCCUCGCAAUGCACAUCGCAAUAUGGCGCCCCGCCCAAUUACAUUCUUGUGGACUGGUUCAACGUUGGCCCCGCCAUCUCGACCGUAGACUCUUUGAACGGCGUUACCGCGGCGACUGGGCGGGAGCAAGUAACCACUGCAAAUUUGAAAGUCGCGUCUUCUUCUUCAAGCGACUCGAGACGAACAGAGAGCAGCGCUCUUGCGUUGGUCAUUGGAUUCGCUGUCGCAGCCAGUGUUGGUUGGAUAUGAGCCUUAGCAUAAGUCAUGAUGAAAUGCAUGGAAAUCGGCGUUUUUUGGCAGUUCUGUUUACGUGUUACCCGGAAUUGGGCAUGACAUAUUUUGCAUCGACGCAGCGGAUCCAUUCGCAUAGCAUUUUGGGGACUAGAAUACCAGCGACGCCAGAAUCCGACGACGGUCUCGUACGUAGACGCUAGACAUUGAUUGAAAUGAAAUGUCUUUUCCCAAUCAAA